CCCCGCUCCCGCGAGACGCGCCGGCGGGAAGAUGGCGGCGUAGCUUUGCACCCGGGGACCAAACCCCGAGCCCGGCCGCCGAUCGCAAACAUGCCGGCUCACUCUCCGAAGUCCAGGAGUCGUGAGCGGGAGACGCGCGGAGGCGGGAGGCUGGAGUUCUUAGUGCAGAGUCGGCCGCCGGGCUUUCUGCAGAGACCGGGCUUGGAGCCGCCAUCACCACGGCACCGGGCGACGCAGCUGGAAGGCCACGGCCUGCGCCGGGACUCGGGUUCCUCCUCCUCCUCCUGCCUCGCCGCCACCGCACAGUCACAGCUGCCCGAAGAAGACUGCAUGAAGUUAAACCCGUCGCUGCUCGGUAUCGCCCUGCGGUCGUUGCUGGCCAUUGACCUGUGGCUGUCCAAGCGCCUGGGUGUGUGCGCCACCGAGGACUCACCUUGGGGCAGCGCCCGGCCCAUCAUGAAGCUUAUCGAGGUGACGGGCCACGGCAUCCCUUGGAUAGCAGGCACCUUGUAUUGUCUGUGGAAGAGCGACAGUGCCGCCGGGCAGGAAGUGCUGCUCAACCUGCUCUUGGCUCUAAUCUUAGACCUGGUCCUGGUUGGAAUUGUCAAGUCAUUGGUCCGCAGGCGGCGCCCCACACACAACAGGAUGGAUAUGUUUGCUACAUUUUCUGUGGACAGAUACUCCUUCCCAUCAGGACAUGCAACAAGAGCAGCGAUGGGAGGUCGAUUUUUCCUUAAUCACUUGGUUUUAGCUGUUCCACUUCGCAUUUUGGUCGUGCUGUGGGUGUUCAUUGUGGGACUCUCAAGAGUGAUGCUAGGAAGACACAAUGUGACGGAUGUUCUUUGCGGAUUUAUCAUGGGGUAUUUACAGUUUACCCUGGUGGAAUAUAUGUGGCUGUCAUCCAAUAACCUGCAGACCUUCCUAAGAUUAUGGGGACUCAAAUAGAUAAAUAGUAGUGCAAAAUGUUUAAUUUUUAUGUAUCCAGCCAACAAAGGUACUAUAUUUUCAAUCUGAUAUGUAGAUUGACAGAGACAAAACCAGUCUUGGCUCAUGGUUUUCUAUGACUUCUGUACUUGUGUUUCACAUAAUUUCUGUUUAGCAUGAAACUUAAUCUGUAAAUUAUAUAUUUUUUUCAAAUUCAGAAAUAACAAAAAUAAAUUAAUUUUCCAUUGUUCCUUGUAAUUACUUUUCAAUUAGGUAUGUGCAAAAUAUUGUGUUUUUAAAUUGAGGUUUAACCAAAAAAUUGGGAACUAUUCUGCCUGAUUUUGCAAUAAUGUUUGUUUUUGGGUUUGUCAGAAAUUCAAACCAACUUUUUUUUCUCAACAGGACGUUGUCUUGAUCAUAUUUUUACUGCCUGUAGUGGGUUUUUUUCUGGUGCACUCCUAUCUGUUCCUUUGUAUACAUCUACUGACUGAUAACCCUCAAAAGGUAAAUGGCUGUCUAUCUGAUGUUCAUGCAAUUUUUUUUUGUAACCUGGUUUGUUUUUUCCAGAUGAUUUGCUUCCUUCUGUGACACCUUUUAAACUAUUCCCCCUCUCUGGCUGUUUUUACUUGUGCCUUUUUAUCUUUGUGUAUCAGUUUUUCUUUUUCUAUCCCACCUCUUCCAAUCUGCCAACCUCUUGCUUCGUCUCUUUUUCUUAGAGUUCUGUUCAAAGGUUUGGUUUGAGGUUUGUAGGUAUGACUAACCAAACUACUCUUCUCAUUACUUUUCUGUCCACCCACAUCUCUCCCUCUUCCUCCUCCUUCCUGCUUCCACCCCCCCCCCCCUUUUCUGUUCAUAUUGUCUUUAAGUUUCUGUCAGGAAAUGAUAAUGGUAGAUGAGGUUGCUGCAGCGAACUCUUAAAAUGUUUGAGUAGAUUACUAAGAAAUGGACUCAUUCACAUUAGGACCCCUGUAAAGUCUUGCCACUUAGUGGACCGCCACUUUAAAAACUGAAACCCAGUGAGUACUACUUUGAAUCAGAACAAUUUUCUCAUUUGGUUGCUAGAGGUUUAUUUCCGCGACUAGCGACUCAUUUAUUGUAUAAUGUACUUACAGCUUUUCCCUUAAAUGGUCAAAGUUUAACUAUGUGGAUCUUGUUCUAUUUGUCAUAUCUUGUGUGCUAGAAGAGGGAAGCCCGCAAUGUCUGGGAAUUGGCCAUCCUAAAAUAAAGCUUUCUGUCCAAGGAAUAACUAAUGCACCUUGCCCAGCUAUAGAGUGAAAAAUCACGGUGUAAAAUGUAAUAGUUCAUAACAUUCAGGAGCCUUCCCUUUUUUAUUCCUGUCCCCACAUAUGUUAGUAAAACAAAAUUUUGUGUAUGAACCCAACGAUGAUCUAAAUGUCUCUUCAUUUUAUUCAUGUAUUGCUUUUCUUCUUUAUUCAGUGAAGUAGUUGAGCCCCAGCCAGUGCCUUUAUUCUUGGCAGUUACUGUGAUCUGUUAUGAAUGGGGAAUGCUGAAUUUUAAUCAUUAUUCCUAUCAGAAUUUUUUUUUAAAAUCCUAUUAAAAUGUCUAUCCCAAAACUGCCUCUGACCAGGUAGUUUCAAAACAUAUGACACAAAUGCAGGAAAUAUUUAGGUAUAACUAUUGUGCAAAAUAUAUCUUCCUUGCAGAACCCUUUUAGUUAACUGUCAACUGUAGUAGUUCCAACACUUGGUGACCAUCUUUGACUUUACAGAACCUCAAGUCCUCCAUGUUAAUAGAGAUUCAAGAUCAGCUUCUUACUUUGAGCAUGUACAAUGUAAAAUGAUUGUUUACCUGUGGCAGUACUGAUUUUUGUAUUCGUACAACUGCUGCAUCUGUUGUUUUUCUCUGCUGAAUUACAACUUAGAGUAAAUUGAUCUUGUUUUAUUAUAUAACAGUUAUGUAUAUUUCCGCAAGACAAGCACGGCUGACAGAGCUGUAGCUCUUGUCCAUUAGAUGAGGCAGCAGGUAAUUGACUUACCCCAUAUUCACCAGCACAUCCUGCUGUGGUCAAAAAUAUUAGUUUAUAUUUUGAGAGGUUUACAGAUUUCCCAAAAUAUACUGCGGAUGUGCCAAAUAGCUAGCAAGGAAGUUGUUGCCUUCAAAUCAGUGCACAGAAUGUAUUACAAACUGUGAAGUUAAAACCUUUUUAAUAACAUGCCAAGUUAAACCUGAUGAGUUAAAAAUAUGGACUAUACCAGCAAUAUACAGAUGCAGUUACGCUCAGUGUAAGCUGCUGUGGUUUUUCUUUUUCAUACCACUUGAGUAGACUUGUUUUACACUCAGCUGAAAUACCAAUGAUCUUAUUGUGUUUGAGACUAGCUUUUGACUUUUUUUCAAGAGUAAAUGAAAAAUGUUAUGUUGACAUUGUUUUUAUAAUUAUGAUCUUCGGUAUGGCAGCUAAAGUGUUCAAUAAACAUUUUAAUAUGAAUUAUGAAGUCGACAACUGAGGGGAAAAAUGGUUCUGGUAUGUAUGAAAUAAACCUUUGGUUUUCCAUAACACAAAGCUACACUAUUGUGAACCUAGUAUUUGUGGUGUGUAGUUGUACUUGUGUACCUGUUCUGAAAUAUAGUCAUAUAUCUAAAGUAUAUUUGUGCUGUGUAAUUUAGGAAAUAAAAUGAAAGUUUUUAUGGAACAGUUAAUUACAGUAAUAAAUGCUUAUACUUAGAAAAUAAUGUUAUGUGAAAAGUUACACCUGUGUUGUAAUGCAAGAUUAUUUGAAGCUUACUAAACAAACUCUGUUUGUAGUGCUAUUGCAAAUCUCAGGAUUAGCAUUCCAUUCAAAAAUCAACCAUCCUAAUCCAAUUAUUAUUCAACCAUUCUUUUGCAGGCUGUAUGACUCUGUGAAUGUAUUUGUUGCUUUUCCAAAAAUAAACUAAUGGAAGCACAACAUUUCCUUUUUGAAUUCUGACUGAACCUGCUAUUUUACUUAGUGCCUGCAGGAAUAGAUUUGACUACUACAUUUUCCCAUCACAGUUUGGCCAAACUCCAAAUAGCUUUGAAUAGUCAUAAAUUCCAGAAUAUUUUAGACUUGGUGAACAGGCCAGUCACUAUUCUCUCAAUCUUGAAAGAACUUCAAAUAUAACUAUCAAAAUGAUAAUAAGUAUCAGUGCUGUAGUAACUUUUUUGUACAAAAAUGCAUCAUUUAUUUUUUUAAUAAUUGAUAAUUGCCCCAUCUCACGGUAUCUUGUCUUGCCUGCCCCAUUUUUGUUGUCCAAUUUUUUAGUUAGUUUUUGAUUCUACUGUGAGCUUGCUUAUUGAUUUAAAAUGCAUUCCUGUUUGCCUUCUCUUGGGUAUGAUAAUUUUUUGAAAGUGGGAAUUAUCAAAUGGAUAGUUGAUAGUCCAAAAGGGGCUUUGUAAAGAAGUUCCUCAACACAACUUUGCUUUGACUCAUUCCAAACUGAAGGGAUUAUAAUCCAAGUAUGAUGCUUUAUGAAGUUACAGGCUGGUUUUCUGGACUGGUGAAAUAGGGCCAGUCUCCUGACUUGCAUUAAUUGAUUUUCUUAUGUAGUUCCCUGAUUAGAAAAAAAAAUCCUGAGUGAUAUUAAGUGAGGUCAUAUUGGAGAGAGAUUUCUUAAAUAAAUCCGAAGUGAUAUGAAAUAAUGCAAUGCACUGAGCAAAUUGUUAAUAUGCAACAGCAAGGGGUUCUAUCCAUCUGCAAGUCUUUUCUGGGGUUGUUCUGAAUUUGGGAAGUCCUUUUUUUGUAGACUGUGGCAUCAGAAGUGAUCUGUCAAAUAAAUGUCUGCUAAUUGGUACCUCUGAUUGCAAUGUCUCAGUUAAUCAGGAGGUUAUCACUUUUUGUGGUGAAAUCAGAAGGAAAGAUUUUUUUAUAUUUGCUUGUAACAUUGUUUUCCUAGUUCUUGUUAGUUAUAAAUGAUUCCCGAUUUCAAGAAACCCCUAUUUAUCUUCUAAAAAUAGGGUAUAUUAUGGUAAUCUUUUUUAAUUGUUAAUCAUUGUUGCAACUAUGUAAAUGUAUUUACAUUUAAUUCCUAAAUUAUUUUCUACAAUAAAAAAAUGUGA